CAGAGGAAGUCUGCACAACGAAUAUGGCUGAACUUUAUUAGCUCUACAUCACAACAAUUGCCGUCUGAUGAAGAGUUAAAGUCAAGUCUCCACUAUUAUUAACUGCAUAGCCUCUAUCUCAAUUGAUCGCAGAUUAAUCUAAUUAUUCUGUUACUGCUAUUGAGAGCUGCUAAUGGCUAUAUGAGUUUUGAUGGCUGGAAAAAAGAUUGACAUCAACACUGCAACAAUAAGUGAUCUAGAGAACCUGUCUGGUGUAGGACAGCACAGAGCUGAGGCUAUAAUUAGACACAGGAGGGAAAGUGGUGGGUUCCACAGUGUUGUCGAACUAUCACUAGUGCCUGGAAUAAGUCCCGCCAUCAUUGAGCAGAAUAAAGGCCGCAUCAUCUGCCGGAGGCCUUCUCCAGCCAAAAAGAGAAAUGGGCAGAUAAAGAAUCAGAGGCGAACAACUCGCAAGCAUGGAUCCACCCAAGAGGCCUUAGACAUCUGUAUAACUGAGCCAUCAGGAAGUGGUCCCGACUGUGUUCACUCGUCCCCCCCACCCUGCCACUUCACCCGCUCCCAGAGCGCCGCCCUCCGCCUGGGUCAAGGCUGCUCCUCGUCUGAGACCCCGCCAGCAGAGAGCUCCUCCACCAGCUUCAUUGUCACCCGGAGUGGUGGGGGUGGGGGGAAACCUGCUCUCAACAACAGGGCCCACGAAGAGGACAGCGGUAAUGAUGGGGAUGAUGAAAGAGAUGAUAGAAUAGCCGCCGCCGCAGCCGUGGAGGAGGAUGCUAAUAUACAAAAUAUAAACAUUGAAAAUGGUCAUGAGGAGAACGGUGUCUUGGAUAAUGAAGGAGUGUCAGAUAAUGAAAGCGAGCAGGAUGAUGAUGAGAGUGUGCUGAGUCAUCCUCUGGAGGGAUUUGAUGAUGACUGUGAUAAUGAGGACAAUAAUUACGAGGAGGGGGAGGAAAAUGGUGAGGUUGAAGAUGAGGUGGAGGAAGAAGGGCAUCAUAGACAUUCUGUCAGCUUCAACCUGAGGCCACGGUCAAGCUGUUGUAACUCAAAUAAAGAUGAGAAGGGAGAUUCUAAGUCUCCAUUGAAAAGAAAAUCUGAGGCAGAAGAUGAUACUGACAUGUCACCAGGAAAAAAGCUCAGAACUGCCAUGGUUAGUUGUCAUAUAUGUGGCCAAAGCCUUGCUAAAGUUCCACGAUGGAGGUUGGCACAAAUGCCUAGAGGAAAAAUUCCAUCAAAAGAGAAUCCUCCUCCAAAGAUGGACGACUGGUUAAGAACAUUUCAGGCCUGGGGUAAUGCAGAGCGGAUGAUGGCGGUGGAUGAGCUGAUAAAUCUCUGUGAUCCAACCCAAGUCAGGCACAUUAUGCAGGUCAUUGAACCACAGUUCCAGAGGGAUUUCAUUUCACUAUUGCCUAAAGAGCUUGCCUUAUAUGUGUUAUCAUUUCUGGAGCCAAAAGAUCUGCUACGGGCUGCUCAGACUUGCAGGUACUGGAGAGUCCUUGCUGAGGAUAAUCUCCUUUGGAGGGAAAAAUGUAGAGAGGAGGGUAUAGAUGAGGAGACGGUGUAUGGUUCUCGCAUGAGGCGGCGUCAUUCAGCUCGCAGUCCUUACAAGUCGCUGUUCAUGCGACAGUCUCAGAUAGAACACAACUGGAGGACAGGGGUUAAUCGCCCUCCUAAGGUUUUAAAAGGCCAUGAUGACCAUGUCAUCACAUGCUUGGAGUUUUGUGGGAAUAGAGUGGUCAGUGGCUCUGACGACAAUACAUUGAAAGUUUGGUCUGUUACUUCAGGAAAGUGUUUGCGUACACUAAUUGGUCACACAGGAGGAGUCUGGUCAUCUCAAAUGUCAGGCACAGUUGUAAUUAGCGGGUCAACUGACCGCACGCUCAAGGUGUGGAAUGCAGAGACUGGACAGUGCAGGCACACCCUCUAUGGUCAUUCGUCUACAGUGAGGUGCAUGUCUCUCCAUGACAACCAGGUGGUCAGCGGCUCAAGGGACGCAACACUGAGAGUCUGGGACAUUGACACGGGGGUCUGCAAGCACAUUCUCAUGGGGCACGUAGCAGCUGUUAGGUGUGUUCAGUUUGAUGGUAAACGUGUUGUCAGUGGUGCGUACGACUACACAGUUCGAGUGUGGGAUCCUGAAACAGAGACCUGUCUACACACACUACAAGGGCAUUCCAAUAGAGUUUAUUCUUUACAGUUUGAUGGUGUUCAUGUGGUCAGUGGUUCGCUGGACACAUCUAUCAGAGUGUGGGAUGUUGAGUCUGGCAACUGUCUCCACACCUUGAUUGGUCAUCAGUCACUGACCAGUGGGCUGGAGUUAAAAAACAAUAUACUUGUCUCGGGCAACGCAGACUCAACAGUCAAAGUUUGGGAUAUAACAACUGGACAGUGUCUACAGACCCUACAAGGGCCAAAUAAGCACCAAAGUGCAGUGACUUGUCUGCAGUUUAGUAAAAAGUUUGUAAUAACUUCCUCUGAUGAUGGCACUGUUAAAAUAUGGGACCUCAAAACUGGAGAGUUCCUCCGUAACCUAGUGACUCUUGGAAGUGGUGGGAGUGGGGGUGUUGUAUGGAGGCUGAGGUGUUCUAACACUCGUCUAGUUUGUGCCGUGGGCAGUAGGAACGGGACAGAGGAGACAAAGCUUAUGGUCCUAGACUUUGAUGUGGAGGACAAGGACAGGAAAUAUUAUGGUGAUCAGCAGUUGGAGAGGAGACAUUCUUCUGGACCACAAUAGAUUGGUGGUUGAUGAUAAAAGACAUGUGAAACCAUAAACCCACAACUUACAUUUUACAAUCAGCUUGUGAGAUCAAUCUCAGCUAAAUUUUGCGUCAAUAUAAAUGGCCACAGAAUUUGACUUGAAAGGUUUUUAUUGAGAAUAGAACAUUUCCAACAAGUUUUAAGGGAUUAAGGUUGUUUUCUUUAAUUUCCAUGUUAUAAAGAUAUUUCCUUUGCUGCAAAUUUUCUAGCAAGUUAGUAUUACAUAUAUUGUUUCAAUUAUAUUCUUUAUUUUUAUUAACAAAUUUUAAAUUAUUUUCACUAAAACCAUGCUUGUAUAUUUUUCUACAGAAACUAUAUUUAGGUAAAGCUAUCAAUAGGUUCUAACAUCAAGCGCAAUCUUUUACUAAAUACAUACAUGACAUAUCAAAAACCUUUUUGGUUUGAAUUCCCCCUUGCUUGAGAGACAAAGUUUAGUUUUUAAAAAUAUUGUUUAAACUUUAGAACAAAUAUUAAUAUGAAUAGUUGACAAAUAGCUUAUAAAUAAAAUAAAUCCGUAACUAAUAUAAUAAAUAAAUUAGCUUUGUUACACGAGUAUACAGAGAAUUCAUAUUAGCCCUCGCAAGUUUUAAAGUUUUUUCAAGUUUGGUGUCAGUCGUUAAAAUAGAAACUUGCCCAAGUAUUGAAUAAACAGAAACAGAUUUUUCAAUAAUUACUUUCUCUGAAGAAGCCAUUGUUUCUGCUCAACAGUUCCACCUUGAAUGUGACGUAAGCUCACUUGCUGUUAUUACUCUAUUGUAACUCUUGUCUAUAUUGUACAUUGUAUGCCCGAGGUCAGAGUUCACUGUGUGCUUGUGUUCCUGCUACCACCAUCCUGAUUGUGGUGGACUAUGUUGAGAUAAGCACCACAUUGAAGUUAACUCCAUGUUGUUUCAUAUUUCCCAUCAAUCAAACAUUAUUACUUAUAUGUGUAUAAAAUUUUAUUUCUAUUAUGUUGAACAGAUUUUAAUUGUUAUAAAGGAUAUACUUAUUUUAAUAAUCCUUUUUUUUAAAUAGUCUAUGUUCUAAACUAUAAUUAAAAAAAAGAAAAAAGGAUCCUAUUUUGCAAAAAAUCUGUAACUAAUUACGAAUUUUCAAAGUAUUAGUUUGUUGGAAAUGUUUAAAAAAUAGUUGGGUUCUUUUACUUGUGAUAUAAUAAAGUUUUAUUUGAUGUGGUUAAAAAUAGCUAGCUAGCUGUAAAAUGGUUUAGAUGAAUUGAUGGUGGUAUUGGGGGUGGUUUUACAUUGGCUGCAAUAGAAUAAACUGUACCAUUGGCUUGGGAGAGUAGUAAGAUUUUAGCAAGGGCAAAUUAGAUAUUGUUUUAUAAAAUGGGUACGUUCAAAAUGGCUGGUGUAAAAUGUAUCAACUUAAUACCAUAGGCUGGGGAGAGUUGUAAGGUUUAAGCAAGGGUUGAUUAGAUAGACAUUAACCCAUCUAGUAUCUCAGAUUCCUAGUCAUGUUUGAAGCACUAGAGUAUAUAGGAGUCAGUAUAUUCUUUGUAUAUUACAAAGAACAUUGUCUAAUGCAUGUUGUUUUCCCAGAUGAUAUUUUAUGUUACAUUUAUUAAUCACUUGAACUCUUGUUUAUAUAUAUAUGUAAAAACAAAAACAGCUACCAAACACUGUUCCUUAAAUUGGUAUAUGGUAAUGGUCUACUUAAAACUUUGAUUUCAUCUAAUUGCUGAUGAAAUACUAUUUUUAUGGAUGUGUAUAUCUGAGGCAGUAUGAUCAUUUUUUUUUAAACAAUGUGAUAAUCAGUGUUCUUUGUACAUUAAAAAAAUCUAUAUAUGCAUUCAAUAGUAUACAAUAUUCACUAUUUAGAAUAACAAAAUUGUGUAUGGUCUGAAUAUAUAGUCAUAUAGUCACCUGGUAAAGUUUAAGAAUUGGGAUAACAUAUUUUAUUUGGUUUUUAAAUUGUUUAAACAGAUAUAAAGAGGGUCAAGAUUGUUUUUUUUAUUAUUAUUAAAAGCUAAUAUAAUUCUAAAUUUUUUUAUUUUUAUUAGGAUGACAUUUUUACUAACUUACUUAGCCCUGCUUCCAAGAUAUUGUAUUUCAAUUGUCAUUGUUUGGGUUUCCUUUAAAAGAUUUAGGUAUUUUUAUCCAGACUGUUAGUUCUAUUUUAGAUUUAACUACAUCACUCUAAAUUCCCAAGCAUAGUUUAAACUUUACUUUUUAUAAAUUUGUAAAAAAAUUUCAUUAAAAAUUAUUUUUGAAACUAUUAAUCAUUACAAUAGUUUUAACAUCAAUACUCAAACCCUUAUUUUUUUUCUGCUUGCAUUCUAAAGAUCUAUCCUCUUAAUGGUUUUGACUCUUAAAAUUAACCUUUUUAACAAAUUACUAAAGUAUUAUUCAACAACUAGUUUAUGCAUUGUGUGUUUAAAAAAAACAGAUGUCUUGUUAAAGUUUCUAAGUUAUACUAAAAGUCUUUGUUUUUACUUUUCAUUCCUCUAACAAUUGUUGUAGCUUGCACCAAAAUGGCAUUCUUGUAUUUCAUUUUAAAAGAUUUGGUUCUAUGUUUUUUAGCAACUUGUUUUAAUCAGUCGAGCUACUACCUAAUUGUUAUAUUGAUUUCAUGAAUAUUUUUGUUUUCAAUCUAGAAUAACCUCCCUUAUGACUUUAUUAUAGAGUAAUCUCCCUUAUUUGGUAGCAUACUUUUACUUGUAUAUCCUGGUAAUUUGACAAAGUGGGAUUCUCACUCAAGUACGAUAUUAGGCUCACCAACAUGUAGUGUAUUUUAUCACUUUGUAACAUCUGGUUCAGCUCAAAUGCCUUUGACAGUCUUAAUAAAUAUUUAUGGAUGACUUCCAUUGUUUAUCUUAAAAUUAACCCUACCCCAUCAAGCAUGCUGUAGGAAAUUAAAUUUUUUGUUUUUCUAAAUUAUGUUGAUAUAGUUUUGUUGGCCAAGGGAAGCUACUUUCAACUCCCAAGAUAACUGAGACAAUGUUUACAUUUAACACAAACACCUUGCAUUUGUUUUCAACACUCUGAGGUACCAACUGAAUAACCAAUUAAUGAUACACGUGAAAAUAAUUCAUUAUUUUUCUCCACGCCUGUAUGUUCCAAGCACAAAAUCAGACAGUCUUACCCAUAUAAUUGUUGUAUCUUGAUUGAGGCGUAUGACCAAAUUCACAUAUGAUUUGAUACUGACUAGCAAAUGGCAUGGUAGUUGAGGACAGCGUCCAAUGCGGUAAUUAGUAUUCUUUUAAUGUUGUUCCCAUGUGAUUUAUACACAUAAUACAUUCAUAAAUUACAAAAAACUGAAUCGCAUAUUUAUUUCUCCUCUUCUUAAAUACAUUCAGUUAUGGCUCAUCACACGGAUUUACAUGUUGUAAACUUUUUUUUUUAUUAUUUCAAUGUUUUGUUUGAGUAUAUAAAUAUAUUUAUAAAUUUCAGUAUGCCCCUGAGUAGGAUGGUUAAUCCUUGCUAUUUAUGUUGCUUCGCUAAAUUUAAAAAAAAAAAAUUUUCGUAUUAUUUUCAAUAUGUGUUUUAAAACAAAUUAUUUUUUAUCAUAACCUUGUAGUUAAAAAGAUUUUUCAUGCACCGGAGAAUUACUAUAUAUGUGACAACAAGAAAAUUUGCAUUUAGUCUUUUGAGUAUGCUAUGUGCUUUUAGUACCAUGAAAGUACGGUGUUACAGAUUGUAUCACAUAAAUUUUAUAUACUUUGUUGGUAAAAAUUAAUUUUCAACAUUACUUUUUACAUUUAAAGGUAAUUUUUUUUUUUCAUAUCAGAGACAUACAUAAAAACUGUUUGUCUUUUUAAAUUGAGGUUUAAUUUGUGAUUUUUUUUUAUAUAUAUAUUUUUUGAAUGGCCAGUUAUUUUUUCAUGAUAUGAGCCAAACUGAAUGUAUGCCACCUUGUACAUGUGUGUCAUAUUGUCCUAAACAUUUGACUACAGUGAGAUUCUAUUGACAGUGGAGUGUGCUGCGUGUUGACUGUGUGUUCACCUCGGAGUGCUGUGUGUAUCUGACCUCCUCUAUUACUGGCUACAUCUUUUGGUUGAGCAUGAAGUGGUUAUAAAGUUUCUGAAUGAAUAAAUUUGA